AUGGUUCUUCACAGAGAUCUCGACCUUCUCCUUUCUUCUCAUUUAAUCAACAAUCCCAGAGGAGAUGGGGCGAAAUUCAAUGCGAAUUCAAUUGAGAAGAAGAUAGAGUUCCUUGAAAGCUUUACUGGAAAGGUCACGAAUAGAAGAUCUCGUAGAGGCUUGUUUGCUCCACCACCUUUUGGUGAUGAAGUUCCACCUUCAACAUUUUCCUUGACUAAUGUGGAGGAGUGGGACAGAUUCAGGAAUAUAGACAUGGACAAAGAGGUUAAUAUAAUUCAUUCCCUUGAAAAUUCUUUAGAAAAGAAGGAAAGUCACAUUGAUGCUGACAAGAUGGCAGUGUUGAAUGGUUGGCGUAGAAUUGGUUGUAAAACAAGAGAGGCACUUCGCCGCAGCUCUCUUUUUGAACUCCUAGAUGGUUAUGAGGAAUGUCUACGGGCCUUCAUAACCGAAAGCACAGACGGCGAUGUUCUUGAACUUAGAAUCAAGGAUCCUUUUCAUAGAUUGUUGCUGCAUGGAGUUUGCGAGUUCUACAAUCUGGCUUCAGACACGGUGUCAGAUAUGAAUGGUGGUGCGGAGACGUCGAAGGCGACUAUGAUAAAGAAAAAGAAAAAGGGUUCUCCUGAACUCCCAAAGGUCACUCUGUCUCAUUUCCUGAGAAUGUCCAAGGAGGGAAGUUGGUAG